AGAACCUUCUGGAACUCAGAUAAUAAAAGCUAGAGAGCGGAACUUCUCCGGAUUCUCGAAUCCCGAUCCACAGAGUCUCGAUUUCAAUCGAUUUGAUAAGCUUGUUUGGUGCCUUAAAUGAUGGAAGACACUCAGUUUGAGCAUGCUCAAUCAAAUGUAGCUAAUGAAAGCUCCAGUCAGCAGUCACAAACUGUUGAUGAUAAUGACAUCAAGAUUGAGGGCUCUGCAUUUGUAUAUAAUGAACAUCCCAGUGAUGACAAUGGACCUCCAAAAGUUGACUCUGAGGUGGAAGUCCUUCAUGAGAAAGUCACAAAGCAAAUCAUUAAGGAUGGCCAUGGUCAUAAACCAACAAAAUUCUCAACAUGUUUCUUGCACUACAGGGCAUGGGUGGAAAAUACAUCCCAAAAGUUUGAAGAUACUUGGCAAGAACAACGUCCAACUGAGCUUGUCUUGGGAAAAGAGAAACCUCAAAUGGUGGGGCUAGGAAUUGGUGUCUCAGGAAUGAAGAGUGGGGAGCGCGCACUCUUACAUGUUGGUUGGGAAUUAGGUUAUGGCAAAGAAGGAAGUUUUUCUUUCCCAAAUGUACCACCUAUGGCAGACCUCUUAUAUGAAGUGGAGCUUAUUGGUUUUGAUGAAGCUAAAGAAGGAAAAGCCAGAAGUGACAUGACAGUAGAAGAAAGGAUUGAGGCAGCUGAUAGAAGAAAGUUGGAAGGGAAUGCUUAUUUCAAGGAUGAAAAACUUGAGGAAGCUAUGCAACAGUAUGAAAUGGCCAUAGCCUACAUGGGAGAUGAAUUCAUGUUUCAGUUAUUUGGAAAGUACAGAGACAUGGCAUUGGCUGUGAAAAAUCCAUGCCACCUCAACAUGGCUGCAUGUUUGAUUAAACUAAGGAGAUAUGAAGAAGCGAUCGCACAAUGUAGCAUUGUCUUAUCAGAAGAUGAAAACAAUGUCAAAGCAUUAUUUAGACGAGGAAAAGCUAAAGCAGAACUAGGUCAGACAGAUGGUGCUCGUGAAGAUUUUCAAAAAGCUAAAAAAAUUGUUCCUGAAGACAAGACUAUUGCAAAGGAGCUUCGGCUGUUAGCUGAACAUGAUAAAGCUGUUUAUCAGAAGCAGAAAGAGCUUUACAAAGGAAUCUUUGGACCACCGCCGGAAGCUAAACCUCAGCGACGAAAUUGGUUAGUAGUUUUCUGGCAAUGGCUAGUAUCUUUGUUUUGCCGCGUAUUUAAGCUCCAAAAGCACAAAGCUGACUAGACUGAAAGCUAUUUAUCUAUCUAUUAAUGGUGACUUUUCUAAGUACUGAUCUGAAACUGUUGUAAUCUUCUCCUCAGAGUAAGAAUAAGUGGUAAUCUUCUGCUCUUUGGAAAAAAAAAAAUUUUAACUGUACAUUGUGCAUCUGUUGUGUUUCAUUAGCAUAUAUUAUCUGAUGACACAGUGGCCACUCGUUUUUGAUAAAAUUCUCUUAUAAUUCUA